ACAACAGCAGCAACUCCUCCAUUCCCAACGCUCAAAUUCUCCGUCUCCCCCCAUCUUCUCCGAUCGAAGAAAGAUCUCACGCUCUUCCUUGAAUUUGCCCUAACAUUUCAUUCUUCUUUCUCUAAAAUCCCAAUCAAUGGCGGUGCUCCACGACUCCAACGUCUUCUUGAUCGACGAGACCUACGAGUUCUCGGCGCCUCGAUUCUUUGAUUUCGUCAAUGGCGAGACCGACGAGGACAUGCGCCAAGCAGAGCUCUGGUUCGACACCGCCCUCAGCUACGCCCCGUCCCCUUUUAUGCCAAGAAUCAAGGCGGGCAGAUCAGUUCAGCUGGAAAGCCUUUGCGACUUCAGUGAGGCCGAGCAAGCACAUCAGGCACCAUCCGAAACAACUUCAUCAAAUGUCAAGGAAGAACCGGCGCCGGAGCCGCACAAUGAUCAAACGAGGCCAGAUCCCCAAACUGAGGAAGAGCAAGUUACCCUGAAUACGAGCACAGGAGGAGAAGAAAGCCUUUCCAAUGUGGUUCCUGACAGUAAGCAGAGUUGUGAAGCUAAGGACAGUGAGGUUGCCACAGAGAACGCUGAAGCCCCUAAUGAAGAGGAUAAGAAAUCCAUCACUCAAGGAACCUGCACACCUAAAGUAACAUUGGUUUCGCGAAAGGGCAGCAACUCGUUACAGACUGAUUCCAAGAAGCACCAGACAGCCAAAAAGAUUGCUAGUAUGGUGAAGAACCCCCCAUCGGCCCUCAGGUCGCAGAAUCGGUCACAGUUAUCGCAAGCUAAAAGCUCCAAACUUGCCAGCGCCGUGAAAAGAGGAACAAACCCAAAAACUGCGGUUGCAACUCCUAGCUUUGCUCACGAAAAUCAAGCAAUUAAGAAGCAAAAGCUGGAGGGAGGGAAGUCCAGACAAAUUCUCAACGUGAAACCCCAAGUUUUGCACCACAACAAAUCAAGACCUGGCCUUAGUAGCAGCAGCUUGAACCCAUGCGCUUCAGCGGCAAAAACCCGGAAAGAAGACAGAAAGGUCUAUGUUGCAGCAGUUCCAUUUGUUUCAAUGGCGGAAAUGUUGCGAAAGUUCCAAUCUGGCACACGAGAGAUGUCUCUUCCUCCAAUGAAGGGCUCUGUUUCACAUGUAAUGAGGGGAAAAAAAAAAAAACCACUGGUUAUUCUUCACUUCUCUUCCAGAAUCUGUAUAACUUCUCUUCUGUUCCAAUUUCAGGAAGAUGCGGCUUCGAUGGCGCACAGGAAGCCGAAACUUACACUGACAAGGCCAAAGGAGCCUGAACUGGAAACGGCUCAGAGGAUACGUACAGUCAGGGUGAAGAGCUCUGCCGAACUCGAGGAAGAGAUGAUGGCUAAAAUCCCAAAGUUUAAGGCCCGGCCACUGAACAAGAAGAUUCUGGACGCACCAAGCUUACCGGCGCCGCCAAGAAGUUCACCACAUGUACCAGAGUUUCAGGAAUUUCAUUUGGAGACGAUGGUUCGUGCUAACAAAAAUGCAGAGACCUCGACAGAAUCUGCUUCUCAGAAUCAUGAAUCGAGGAAGCCUCAUCUUACUGCGCCCAAGUCCCCUGUCCUUCAAACAUCUCUUAGGGCACGUCCUCCGAAGAUCAAGAGUUACGAAGAAUUAGAAAGGGAAGAACUCGAAAAAGCUCCAAAGUUCAAAGCACGGCCGUUGAAUAAGAGGAUAUUUGAAAGCAAAGGAGAUCUAGGACUGUUCUGUAACGUGAAGAGGCAUGUGACGGUACCUCAGGAAUUUCACUUCGCCAUAGAUGAAAGAAUUCCUCCACCAGCACCUGUUUUUGAUCUGUUCGACAAGCUCUCGUUGAAUUCAGAACCUCAACACGAGAAGCAAAUUCCUAGGAACACCACGCUGAAUCCGUUUCAUCUUCGCACGGAGGAAAGAGGAGCAGAGAAAGAGCGGAAGUUUGUGAUGGAAGUCGUGCAGAAACAGCUGGAAGAGGAGAGAGCGAGGAUCCCGAAGGCCAAUCCGUAUCCCUACACAACUGAUUACCCCGUGAUUCCGCCAAAACCCGAGCCCAAGAAUUGCACGAAGCCAGAGCCAUUCCAAUUGGAGAGUCUGGUGAGGCACGAAGAGGAAAUGCAGAGGGAAAUGGAGGAGCGACAGAGAAUGGAGAUGGAAGAGGCUCAGAUGAGGAUAUUUAAGGCACAACCGAUACUCAAAGAGGAUCCGAUUCCAGUUCCCGAGAAAACUCGCAAGCCGCUAACAGAGGUUCAAGAGUUUAACCUUCACGUUGAGCAUCGAGCUGAGGACAGAGCAGAAUUUGAUAAAAAGAUCAAGGAGAAGGAGAUGAUGUAUAAGAGAUACAGGGAUGAGGCAGAGUCUGCAAAGAUGAUGGAGGAAGAGAAGGCAUUGAAGCAAUUGAGGAGAACACUGGUUCCGCAUGCCAGGCCAGUGCCGAGCUUCGACCAUCCAUUCUUGCCAGCCAAGUCGUCCAAGGAUGUAACCAAGCCAAAGUCGCCAAAGCUGAAAGUAAACCGGAGGAAAGAAAGGCGCAGGUAUGUUCCGGCAGUGGCAGCAGCUUCCUCCAGCGCCGCCUCGAAUAUGAGGUGAUUGUUCUUCUCGCAGUGCUUGUUUUCUGCUGUUCAAGAAACUCUUGAACCCCCAUUCCAUUAGCUUUUAGGGCUGACUUGAGUUCUGUAACCACCCCUCCCUCCUCCAUCCAAUACAGCAUUUUGUUGAUGACACUGAAUAUAUAUAAUUGCAACCCAUUCUU